AGGACUUCUCUGACGAAGGCGAACGAAUCACGGUCCAGUGCUUCAACCAUUGACCCAUAACGGACCUACCGGGUGUCAGAGAGAAAUGACCAACAACGACACGUUUAAAAUUCUUACGCGGUGUGUGUUUAGACAGUUCACUGUGUUUACUUUUCAUUCCUAUUUAUCUGUUAUAAGGAGGAUACAACUACUUGCUAGUCAGGACAAAGAAAUUCUGAAGGUAGGGAAAUCGAUUAAUUCGUCUGGAAUGGAUAUUUAGAAUGUGGAACCGGGCCAUGUCGAAACCCAAACUUAUGGGGGUGCUGAGCGCCUCCACGAUGAUCUACAUUCUGGCUACCUUAUCAAUGCUCGUUCUACUAAGCACCAUAAUUGCCAACACACAUUUAAAUUCCUUACUGGACGUGUCCAAGCGGUUACAGACUUUUGUAUCCUCGUAUAUUGGAGAAAAUAAUAUGGAGGUGUCAAAACCUUCUAUCAACAAAUCUCACAUGGACUUCACCCGUUUACAUACGAGCACAGUAAGGACUAUAAAAUCAAACAGUGUAACAGUAUCAAACAGCAAAACAACGGAUAUCCGACAAAUAAAGUCAACAAGCAUGGGUCCUCCACGCAGCACAGCAAGACCUAGUGAAUGUAAGGCCUGUUUUGAACACAGGUUUGACUUCAUACUGAACAAUGUGGACAUAUGUCAGUCUGGCAAUUCCUCCAUUAAGGUCGUUGUAUUGAUUGCUACAGUCCAUGUAAACACAGAAAAGAGAAAGGCUAUCCGGGAAACAUGGCUCAGUUACUUCCGGGAAAACACCGGGCAGGUCCGCUAUGCAUUCUUACUAGGAAUGACUUCCGAUAAAACUCUACAGGUUGCCUUGGAAACGGAGAGUGCCACCUAUCGGGACAUAAUACAGGAAGAUUUUGUAGAUAGUUACAAUAACCUGACCCUUAAAACGAUGAUGGCUUUCCGAUGGGCCACCACAUCUUGUGCCAAAGCCGAGUUUAUAAUGAAAACUGAUGAUGACAUGUUUGUAAAUCUCAACUCUUUGAUGGCUGUUUUGGAUAAAAAUAAAAAUAUUCUCCAGCGUUCAGUCGGGGGAUAUUGUGUUAAAUCAGCAAACCCAGUCAGGGACAAAGGGUCAAAGUGGUACGUCUCCUUAGCAAUGUAUCCCCACGCCAAAUACAAUGGUUACUGUUCCGGGACGGGGUACGUCACGAGCAUGGUGGUGGCCCAGAAGGUGUUCGACAUCUCUAAACAUAUACCAUUCUUUCACUUAGAAGAUAUCUAUGUUGGACUGUGUUUAAAUAAGCUGGGAUUUUCCUUUACACGGAUACCCGGGUUUAACCCUCAUUUUAUACGUAUAUCCUGUGCCUAUAAGGGCCCUGGUAUUAUAACGUCUCACCAAGUGAGUCCACAACAACUGAGAGAAGUAUGGAAUCUCAAAUGCUAGUCAUAUUUCUACAACAGUGAUUGAAAAUAUUUUGUUCAAAAUAAACUCCUCACAUGUUAUGAAUAGAUGUAUAUUUGUUUUUAUUUCAGAAGCGAAAAAACAUUUUUUCGUUAAUAAAUUCAGAGCUGUUGAAAUGCUACUGAUUAUGUUA